AUGCAUCUUCCGUCGUUGCUUGUCGCGCUUGGCGUAUGUGGUGCCGUUGCAGCGCCUUUGGAGCAACAACAACCACUCCCUGGUAGCGCGCGACACCACGCGGGGCCCAACAAGGUCUUCAAUCCAUACAAGCCUGGCAACAAUGAUCCCUUCGACAAGAAGAUUGACUCCCAGGGCGACAAGCUUCAACCACUGCCAUACCGCAACGGUGACGGUGCGAGUGUGUUAGGGCCUCGUAACCGUGCCCGCGAACGACAGAACCCGGAUCUUGUCCGCCCACCCAGCACCGAUCAUGGCGCCAUCCCCAACAUGCGUUGGUCUUUCGCCGAUUCGCAUAUCCGUAUCGAAGAAGGCGGCUGGACACGUGAGACGACCGUUCGCGAGCUGGGUACUAGCAAAGAGCUAGCCGGUGUCAACAUGCGUCUCGAAGAAGGUGUCAUCCGUGAGCUUCAUUGGCACAAGGAAGCUGAAUGGGCCUAUGUCCUUGAAGGCAAAGUCCGCAUCACUGCUCUCGACCCCGAGGGUGGCUCCUUUGUCGACGACUUGGAGAAGGGUGACCUCUGGUACUUCCCCUCUGGCCACCCUCACUCCCUGCAAGGUCUUAGUCCCAACGGUACCGAGUUCCUACUGGUCUUUGACGACGGCAACUUCUCUGAAGACUCCACAUUUCUGCUUACUGACUGGAUGCGACUCACACCCAAGUCAGUCUUGGGUGAGAACUUCCGCGUAUCGCCAGAAGUCUUCAAGGCCAUCCCCGAGAGCGAGAAGUACAUUUUCAAAGGCUCAGAGCCUGGUUCCAUUGACGACGAGGUGCCAAGCAAGGGUAAAGGAUACAAGAAGUCCAAGAUCCAGUUCACCCACAAGAUGCUGGCUCAGGAGCCUGUUAACACAACUGGUGGUCAAGUCCGCAUUACUGAUUCGACAAACUUUCCCAUCUCCAAGACUGUCGCUGCAGCACACCUGAGUAUUCAACCUGGCGCGAUCCGUGAGAUGCAUUGGCAUCCUAAUGCAGACGAAUGGUCGUUCUUCAUCGCUGGCCGCGCCCGUGUGACCAUCUUCGCCGCCAAAGGUACAGCACGUACUUUUGACUUCCAAGCCGGUGAUGUUGGUGUCAUUCCCCGUAACAUGGGACACUUCAUCGAGAAUCUCUCCGAUGACGAAGACGUCGAGGUGCUGGAAAUCUUCCGUACAGACAAGUACCAGGAUUUCAGCUUGUUCCAGUGGCUUGGUGAGACACCGCAAAGGCUCGUCAAGGAUCAUUUGUUUGCAAACAGCCCCAAGGAAGCGGCAGAGUUCGAAAAGGCAAUUCGCGAUGCAGAGAGGGAUCCUAUCAAGGAUACCGAGGUCGAGGAGGAGGACAAGGAGGAAUUGUAG